UUCUGUACGCCGACUGUACUGUAUAACAGAGCAACAAGAAUAAUGUAAUCGAAGAAUUGUCUUCCAAAAUGAAUACGUCACAAAAGAAAGAAGUCAGUUUUGAUGAAGGAGGGAAGCUGGGUCUGCGUGCCUUCGGUCAGGGGAAUCAGGAAACAAUCCCUCGCACCGGGGUCAGGAAUAAGGAUGCUUCCUUUGAGCUGGAUGCCUGCACCCUCAUCUCUUCCCCAAGGUGGCUGAGGCUUCAUGGUCUUAAGGAAGCCAGGCUUCAACUGUCCCAGAUUCUCUCUCAGAUAGGAUUCAAGCACAGGGAAGAAUACAUUUCCUCAUUGAGAAAACCUGUCUCCUCUCAAUAUGCUGAAGGUUUGUUUUCGCAGUUCACAAAAAAUGGACAAAUGUAUAACUUAACAGCCAGCAGAGACCAGCUCUCUGAGAUUGUUGCCAGCUUGACGAGGAGAAUGAAGCUCUACAAGGAGCGCCUGGACUGGCUGACCAGUGGAAGUCGGCAGAUAUUCGGUGUCAUUCAGGAACACUCUGUUGCUCUCGUCCUGGACUUUGGCAGCAUUUCCAAGGCUCAAUUUGAUCUUUGUUGUGAUGUGCUGUGUGCUGUGCUCAGGGAACAGGUGGCACACAUUGCCGCAUUUCAUCUCAUUCGGGCAGCUGCAGAGAUGGAAAUGUAUCAUGAGAAAGCAGUUCACAGCACUAGAGCCACCAUCGAUUCUGCAGUGGGCUGGAUAAGGAACCUGGAGCACAAGCCCUGGAGCAGCCAGAGCGGAGCGGUGGAGGCAAUUCUGAAAGCCAUGAGCGACAAAACAGUUGAAGCCGUUUAUCUCUUUGCUGCGGGGGAUUUUAAAGAAGCUGUGGUGGAUCUGUUGACAGCAUUUCCCAGUCUGUGCCCUGUCCACACUGUAUCAUUCAAUGCCAAACAUGAAGGAACUAUAAAGCUCUUAAAGAAUUUAGCCCAUCUCACUGCCGGGAGGUAAGACACCUGGAAUCGUUUUUAGCAAGGAUGGAAGAUACAGAAAGGAUUGUAGGAGAGUGUAACAUAUAUUAUUAAAUGGUUUUUACCA